UUAGAGUCAAAGACUAUUUUGCGACAAGUGCGAAUCAUUUACGGCAGUGCGUGUUGACAGCGCGCCGGCUGGAGGAACAGACUCGCAAACUUUAGCCUUAUUAGCCGAACUGAGAACCAGAACUCGAAACACGCAGAACACACUCUGUUCUCUCACACUGAUGGCGUCCGCGAGGGUGUGUGGAGCUUUCAGGCGGUUAGUGAGCAGAACCGUGAGGAUGAGGAGGAUGAAUGAGCGCAUUUGGACUGAUCGCAUCAGAACUUCAAACAGAACAGCUUCAUUCCUCGUGGCUUUAACUCCACUGUCAUUCCUGAUCUAUGACAGAGUCACUCGGUUCGCCUCGGUUUGUGCGCUGGAAUCAGCUGAAGAAGUUUUAGAACAAGCAGAUUAUCUGUACAGCUGUGGAGAGACCGAGAAACUCCACCAGCUCCUGGUGAAACACAAAGACAGUGAUGAGGCAGAGUUCCUGUGGCGUUUGGCUCGAGCGUCUCGCGAUCUGGCUUUACUGUCCCGCAUCAGCGCCGAGGAGAAGAAACGGCUCACAUACGAGGCCUUCGACUUCGCCAGCAAAGCUCUGGAGAAAAACCAGUCUUCCUUUGCGGCUCACAAAUGGUUCGCCAUUUGCCUCAGUGAUGUUGGGGAUUAUGAAGGGAUCAAAGUCAAAAUAGGAAAUUCCUACAUCAUUAGAGAGCAUUUGGAGCGAGCAAUCGAGCUCAACCCUAAAGAUGCGACGUCUAUCCAUAUUCUUGGCUACUGGUGUUUUGCGUUCGCUGAAUUACCGUGGUACCAGCGGAAAGUUGCAGCCGUUAUUUUUGCGUCGCCUCCGACAGCCACUUAUGAAGAUGCUUUGGUGUUUUUCCUGAAAGCUGAAGAAGUUGACCCAAAUUUCUACAGCAAGAACCUGCUGAUGCUGGGAAAGACGUACGCGAUGCUGCGAGACGUCCAGCGGGCGGCGCUGUGGCUCACGAGAGCGCGGGACUAUCCUGCAGUCACAGAAGACGACAAACAGGUCCAUAAGGAAGCGCUGGAGCUUCUGAAGAAACUCAACGGAUGAGUCCCGCUGUUCUCGAACCCAGAGAUGCCUAAAUUGAGCUUUUUAAUGAUUCAGUUGAUUUGUGUAAAAUGGAGAUUUACUAUGGACUAUUUUAGACUCUUUCAUGUCUGACAUUAACAGAACGAGGGACGAGAUUCCACAUAAAAGCGGCCU